CCCAAGGCCCAGCCGGGUGUCCCUGGGGACAUCUGUAGGGAGCGGCACUUUGCGUCAUGUGGGGCCCGCCCAUUCCAGGGCCUGGGCUCGGCGUGUUCUGCUGUCUUGGGCGACGUCGUGGAAGCAAGAUUUCCGCGGUUGUGUAACGGCAUCUCGCGGGCUUGUAGAGAGGCCUGAGCUCCGCAUCCCUUCUCCUCCUGGCCCCUAGUGUCCGGCAGCCCUGCCAUGGCCUGGGCGAUGGCAGCUGGGAGCUGUGGAGCCCGCGGCGCGCUCUCAGUGCACACGCUUCUGUUCGACCUGCCGCCCACGCUGCUGGGCGAGCUCUGCGCGGUCCUGGACAGCUGCGACGGCGCGCUCGGCUGGCGCGGCCUGGCGGAGCGACUUUCACGCAGCUGGCUGGAUGUUCGUCACAUUGAAAAAUAUGUAGACCAAGGUAAAAGUGGAACAAGAGAAUUACUUUGGUCCUGGGCACAGAAAAACAAGACCAUCGGUGACCUUUUACAGGUUCUUCAGGAGAUGGGACAUCAUCGAGCUAUCCAUUUAAUUGCAAAUUAUGGAGCAACUUUGAAUCCCUCAGAACCGAGACAUCAGGGAGAUGGAUUUCCAAACAUGUUCUCUAAGGAAACAGCCAAUGUCACAGUGGAUAAUGUUCUUAUUCCUGAAGAUAAUAAAAAAGGAAUGUUGCUUAAAUCCUCUAUCAGCUUUCAAAACAUCAUAGAAGGAACCAACAACUUCCACAAAGACUUCCUAAUUGGAGAAGGGGAGAUUUUUGAGGUAUACAGAGUGGAGAUCCAAAACCAAACCUAUGCCAUUAAGUUAUUUAAACAGGAGAAAAAAAUGCAGUGCAAGAAACAAUGGAAGAGGUUUUUAUCUGAGCUCGAAGUUCUACUACUAUAUCAGCAUCCAAACAUACUGGAGUUGGCUGCAUAUUUUACAGAGAAUGAGAAGUUCUGCUUGGUUUAUCCAUAUAUGAGAAACGGAUCACUUUUUGAGAGAUUGCACUGUGUAGGUAACACAGCCCCACUCUCUUGGCACACUCGAAUCAGUGUAUUAAUAGGAACAGCCAGAGCCGUUCAGUACCUGCACAACACUGACCCGUGUUUGGUCAUCUGUGGCAGCAUAUCAAGUGCAAACAUACUUUUAGAUGAUCAGUUUCAACCCAGACUGACGGGCUUUGCCAAGGCUCACUUCCGACCCCACCUGGAGCACCAGAGCUCUGUGACGAGCGUGACCAGCAGCAGCGGCAAACACCUCUGGUACCUGCCAGAGGAGUGUAUCAGACAGGGCAAACUCUCCACUAAAACAGAUGUCUACAGCUUUGGAAUCGUAAUAAUGGAAGUUCUGACAGGUUGUAAAGUGGUGUUAGAUGAACCAAAGCAUAUUCAGCUGAGGGACCUCCUUAUGGAACUGAUGGAAAAGAGAGGACUCGAUUCAUGCCUCUCACUUCUAGAUAAGAAAGUUUCCCCCUGUCCUCGAAAUUUUUCUGCCAAGCUCUUCUCUCUGGCAACCCAGUGUGCUGCAACACGGGCAAAACUAAGACCAUCAAUGGAUGAGGUUCUGACUACUCUUGAAAGUACUCAAGCCUGCUUAUAUUUUGCUGAAGAUCCUCCCACAUCACUCAAGUCCUUCAGGUGUCCUUCUCCUCUGUUCUUGGACAACGUACCAAGUAUUCCAGUGGAAGAUGAUGAAAGACAGAGUAAUCAUUCACUGCUUCAUGACAAACAUUUGAGAGAAAAGAGAAUGACUCAGAAAAUUCCCUUUGAAUGCAGCCAGUCUGAGGUUACGUUUCUGGGCUUCGAGACAAAGGUGGGGAGUAGGAGAAAUGAGGACACUUGUGAUAGGCCCAGUUCUUCUUGUGAAGGAUUUUGGCUUCCAAAGUAUGCAGCUCCACCCCAGGACUCAGAGGCCUCUAGUACGAAUGUGGACCCUUCUGCAGAAGCUCCAGACCAUUCUUAUAGGAGCAGGCCUAUGGAGAUUAGCUGUUCCUCUGAAUUCUUCUGGGACGAAUGUGAACAGCUCCAGAAGGAAUCCAUUUUACCAGAAGAUAAAGAAGGAGGCAAGUAUGACUGAGGCGUGUGAGUACACGUACCAUCCUGGAAAGACAUUGCCUUCCUGUCAGGUCAAGAGGAUGACUGAUGGUGAUCUUGGUAAUAAUACAGACCAAAAAUCUGGACACUCCCAUUGUUUACUUCCCAACUCAUAAAACAGAGUGGCUUAAAAAUGUGUUUUAGCAGGUAAUUGCCUCAUGAGUAAAUUUAGGCUAAAUUAGAGCCAUUCAAGAUUAUUUGAGAUCGUGGGCUCCAACUUCAGACCAAGGAAACAACCAAAAGCUACCAAAGAGAGACUGGAUUCCAAUGUCUUCUUCAUCAGUAUGAGUCCUGAGGGCCUUCAGUCUGCUAGGUAUGUUGAGUUCAGUUGGAUUCCAGUGUUUACUUUAGCUUGUGUACAAAGGUUGUAGGAAGUGCCUAAUUUGUAAAUAUUAGUAGAUGCCCUUAAAAGAGUUGCCUUUGCAUUUACUUUUAUUGGCCCCUUAUUCUUUUUUCUGUUCAUCCCUACCAAGCCUGCUGUCUGAAAAUGAGCCAGGUUCACCCUUGGCUAUGACAUGUUCAAUGCAGAGAGGGGUUCUUGCCCAAGAUCUGUAUUCUGUGUUUAAAUUCUUCAGGUGGUUAUCUACAUAUAAUAUAGUUAUUUACUGUCAUUGUAGGUCCUUUUUGAAAAUAUAUAUAUAUACUUAGAGACCUACUAUAUUCUGAGUAGAAUGUGUGAAAUCCUAAUCAAGUAAUUUUUAUUUCUGAGAAAGUGGCUAGUCACAAAAACUGAGCAGAUUUCUGUUAUAUUCUGUAGCUUCCAACUCUGUGCCUUUACUCCUGCAGUUUCCUGGAUCUCUCCCUUUUGAAAUCUCACCCAAUCCUUCAGGGCCCAGCAGAGCCGCCAUCCUUCCGGCAGCCUCCCUAAUCUCUCCAGCCAGAAGUACUUUAUCAGCAUUUUCAUAGCUAUUAUUUGUAUUUCUAUAUCAGUCACUUCCUGAAUUAUAUCAAAGUUGCUUCUGCCAUCUUCUCUUUUUGACUAGACCUGUAAACUUCCUGUAUUAGUUUUCUGUGGUUGCUGAAACAAAUCAUCCCAAAUUUAGUGGGUUAAAACAACAUUAAUUAUUUUGUGGUUCUGGAAGUCAGAAGUCCUUGGCAUUCCUUCUGGAGGCUUUAGGAGGAUAUUCAUUUUCUUACCUCUUCAAGCUUCUAGAGGCCAGCUGCCUUCCUUGGCUCAUGGCUUCUUCCUCCAUCCUCAAAGCCAGCAAUGUAGCAUCUUUGAAUCUAGAUCCCCCUGUUUCUCUCUGACUUCUUCUUUAUCACCUCUUUCUCGUACCUUGCCCCCACCCCCGCCUCUCUCUUACCAUGAUCCCGGUGAUUGCAUUGGCCCACUCAGAAAACCCAAGAAAAUCUCUGUAUCCCAAGAUCUUUAAUUUAAUCACAUCUGCAAAUGUCCCUUUUCUCUUGUAAAGUAAUAUAGUCACAGUUUUCCGGGAAUAGGACAUGGACAUCUUCAGGGGAGCGUAACUCUAUCACAUUUCCUGAGUGUCACCUUUGGGCCACCUCCUCGAGGCCUAGCAUGUUAUCCUGUACACAAGCAAGUGUUUCCUUACAAGUUGAAGUGAAGUGCCUCCAUGAACUCACGUAAUCAAAAAUUCAGCUACAGUAAACAUUGCUGAGUAAAUUAACGAAGUGAGGAUAAUGAUUGUGUGUAUGACGGUGGGCUGGAAUACUCCAAGAAAACCAUUUCCAGAGGAGUUACAGAAUCUCCCUCUUCAGGGUAUUCACAAUACAAGGUAAGACCUCUAGCUGUCUGUGCAUCAGAGGAAUAGGUACAUGCCACUGGGAGCGGGGGGUGGGGGGCGGUCAUCAUAGUCCGAUUGGAGGCUGCAUUCAAGAACAACUAAUCAAAGAAAGAAGUCAUCAGGAAUUAGGGUCUGGUUAGCAGACAAGGUCAGAAACGUGGAACUAAAUACAAUUCUGGGGGAAAAUGACCUCAUGGCAGAAAGUGAGGUUCAAAACACAGUAAGCCUUAGUCUGACAGGCCCCCAAAAGCCCCAGGUAAGCAGUUAGGAGAGGCCUCACUCACAGGCAGGUCUGCUGGGGGCCUGGCUGUGGGGUGCUGUCUUCCCCAUCUGAGCAGGAUGUAUGUCUUCACAGUGCUCCCAAAUGGCCCCUGUGCUAAGACUAGUAGGGGAAGAGGUUUGGACUUGACUUCACAGGAUUUUAAUUCUUCUGACCUGUCCUAGUUGGCAAC